AAUCCAAGCAUGAUACAAGAUUUAGUGAUGCAGUAAUAUAUCUGAGUACUUUUGAUAGUGGAAAAGAUUUUUACGAAAAAAAUUUAACUAUUCUUGAGCAAAAGGCAGUUUAUAAAAAAUUGCAUGGUGUAUACAAGAAAGCUCUAAAUAAAGCAUUGCAAAAUAGUUUAAAAUCACAACAACUAAUCAGUUUGCUUCAAAAAUUUGUUGAACAAUCAGAUUCAGAUGAAGAUUUACAAAUUAAUACUAAUAGUGACCAAGACAAGAAUUCUGUAAAAUCUCAACUUCAAAAUCUAAAAAUGUAUUAUA